AUGACGUCAAGGCAAAAUCGUCUAUCGUAUAAAUUAAAACAUCAUUCACCUGAAUACAUCGCUGGCUUUCUUUCAUCAGCAACAAAUAUUAUUCUAACAUAUCCAAUCAAUAAAUUAGUUUUUCGACAACAAGUCUCUCGACUUAAUACAAUUGAUGCUUAUGCACAACUAAAAACUGAAGGUCUAACUAUCUUAUAUCGUGGUAUAACAUUACCUUUAUUGCAAAAAACAUUUUCUUUAAGUAUUAUGUUCGGUAGUAAUGCUCAUUAUUUACAUAUAUUUCAAUCAUUCUCAAACGAUGAUCAUUGGUAUUAUCAACCUUUGGCUUCUGCACUUGCCGGCAGUACCGAAGCUAUUCUUACACCAUUAGAACGUACGCAAGUUUUAUUGCAAACAGCUAAAUAUAAUCACUUUAUUCGUAAUGGUUAUCAUGCAUUCAUGAUAUUAUAUCAACAUUAUGGUAUCGUGGAAUUCUAUCGUGGUUUAACACUUACAUUAAUACGUAAUAGUCUAUCGAAUAUAAUAUUUUUCUCUUGUCGAAAGCCCGUUAAAGAUAUGUUACCAACAGCAUCAUCUGGCGUUGAACACUCACUCUAUGAUUUUCUCAGUGGUGGUCUAUUAGGAGCACUUAUAUCAACAUUUAUUUAUCCGGUUAAUGUGUUGAAAAAUAUUCAACAAUCAGAAAUCAACGGUAGGUUUGAUCGCCCAAUAAGUAUCUUUCGUAUGGUUUAUAAGCAACGUGGAGAUUCGAUAAAAGAAUUUUACAUUGGUGCAAAAUGGAAUUUCAUACGAAGUCUUAUAUCAUGGGGAAUUAUUAAUAGUACGUAUGAAUAUUAUUUAACAGCGAUACGAAAAACUAUUCUUGAUAAUGAUUGA